AGAGUUCGGGGAGCCCACUUCCGAGCAGACGGGGACAGCUGCUGGGAAAACUGUUGCUCCAACCGCAGCCCCCGUGUCCUGGAAGCCCCAGGAUUCUUCAGAACAGCCACAGGAGAAGCUCUGCAAGAAUCCAUGCGCGAUGUUUGCCGCUGGAGAGAUCAAAACGCCGACAGGGGAGGGCCUUCUUGACUCACCCAGCAAAACCAUGUCUAUUAAAGAAAGACUGGCAUUGUUGAAGAAAAGCGGGGAGGAAGAUUGGAGAAACAGACUCAGCAGGAGGCAGGAGGGCGGCAAGGCACCGGCCAGCAGCCUGCACACCCAGGAAGCAGGGCAGUCCCUCAUCAAGAAGGAAGAAGGAGGAGUUGCGGAUGAUAGUGCCAUUUCUAAUCUGCUUUGGCGGGUCACAGAAAGUCGAGAGAGCCAAAUGACGAUUGAGGAGAGGAAGCAGCUCAUCACUGUGAGAGAGGAGGCCUGGAAGACGAGAGGCAUAGGAGCAGCCAACGACUCAACCUAGUUCACUGUAGCUGGCAGGAUGGUGAAGAAAGGUCACUCGUCUGUGUGUUCUACUGCCAUAAUCCCAGUAACCUCACCCAUUUGCAGUAAAACAAGAGGCACUACACCCGUUUCCAAACCCCUGGAAGAUAUCAAAGCCAGACCAGAUAUGCAGUUAGAAUCGGACCUGAAGAUGGACAGGCUGGAAACCUUUCUAAGAAGGCUGAAUAACAAAGUUGGCGGGAUGCACGAAACGGUGCUCACUGUCACCCGCAAAUCUGUGAAGGAGGUGAUGAAGCCGGAUGAUGAUGAAACCUUUGCCAAAUUUUACCGCAGCGUGGAUUAUAAUAUGCCGAGAAGUCCUGUGGAGCUGGACGAGGACCUCGAUGUCAUUUUCGAUCCUUAUGCACCCAAAUGGACGUCUUCCAUGGCCGAGCACAAGCAGGCAGUUAGGCCCAAGCGCCGGGUUCAGGCCUCCAAAAACCCUCUGAAAAUGCUGGCGGCAAGAGAAGAUCUCCUUCAGGAAUACACUGAGCAGAGAUUAAACGUUGCCUUCAUGGAGUCAAAGCGGAUGAAAGUAGAAAAGAUGUCUUCUAACUCCAGCUUCUCGGAAGUCACCCUGGCGGGUUUAGCUAAUAAAGAAAACUUCAGCAACGUCAGCUUGUGGAGCGUCAACCUGACGGAACAGAACUCUAACAACGGCGCUGUGCCCUACAAGAGGCUGAUGCUGUUGCAGAUUAAAGGAAGAAGACACGUGCAGACCAGGCUGGUGGAACCUCGAGCUUCGGCGCUCAACAGUGGGGACUGCUUCCUCCUGCUCUCCCCCUACUGCUGCUUCCUGUGGGUAGGAGAGUUUGCAAACGUCACAGAAAAGGCGAAGGCCUCAGAACUUGCAGCUUUAAUUCAGACAAAGAGGGAGCUUGAUUGUAGAGCUACUUAUAUCUAAAUCAUCAAAGAAGGAAUUAAUAUACACACUCAUGCAGCCAAAGACUUCUGCAAGCUUCUGGGUGGCCAAACCAGUUACCAAUCUGCUGGAGACCCAAAAGAAGAUGAACUCUAUGAAGCAGCCAUAAUAGAAACUAACUGCAUUUACCAUCUCAUGGAUGACAAACUUGUUCCUGAUGAUGACUACUGGGGGAAAAUUCCAAAGUGCUCCCUUCUGCAACCCAAAGAGGUACUGGUGUUUGAUUUUGGUAGUGAAGUUUACGUAUGGCAUGGGAAAGAAGUCACAUUAGCACAACGAAAAAUAGCAAUUCAGCUGGCAAAGCACUUAUGGAAUGGAACCUUUGACUAUGAGAACUGUGACAUGAAUCCCCUGGAUCCUGGAGAAUGCAAUCCGCUUAUCCCCAGAAAAGGACAGGGGCGGCCCGACUGAGUGAUAUUUGGGAGACUUACUGAACACAAUGAGAUAAUUUUGUUCAAAGAGAAGUUUCUGGAUUGGACGGAACUGAAGAGACCGAAUGAGAAGAACCCCGAGGAACUUGCCCAGCACAAGGAAGACUCCAGGGCCUAUGUCAAGCCAAACAAUGUGACGCGGAUGGUGUCCAUGCCCCGGACAACAGUGGGCGCCAUCCUGGACCGGGUGAACAUUGGCCAUGGCUAUGGCCUGGUGGAAGGACACGACAGGAGGCAGUUUGAGAUCACCAGCGUCUCUGUGGAUGUCUGGCACAUCCUAGAAUUCGACUAUAGCAGGCUCCCCAAACAGAGCAUCGGGCAGUUCCACGAGGGGGAUGCCUAUGUGGUCAAGUGGAAGUUCGUGGUGAGCACGGCAGGAAAAAAUCUCAAGAAGCCAGCCCCCAAGUCUUACCUUAUCCACGCCGGUCUGGAGCCCCUGACAUUCACCCAUAUGUUUCCCAGCUGGGAGCACAGAGAGGACAUCGCUGAGAUCACAGAGAUGGACACAGACGUUUCCAAUCAGAUCACCCUCGUGGAAGACGUCUUAGCCAAGCUCUGUAAAACCAUUUACCCUCUGGCCAACCUCCUGGCCAGGCUGCUCCCGGAGGGGGUCGAUCCUCUGAAGCUUGAGAUCUAUCUCACCGACGAAGACUUCGAGUUUGCACUAGACAUGACGAGGGACGAAUACAACGCCCUGCCCACCUGGAAGCAGGUGAACCUGAAGAAAGCAAAAGGCCUGUUCCGAGUGGGGAGACGUCAGAGGAGCCUCACGGUCACAUCCAAUACCACCGCACCAGGGAAAUGGAUAUAUAUUUUUGGACUGGUGUUUUUCACAAAGUAUUUUUCAAUCAGAGUUUUCAGAACCUGACAUUGUUAAAGAUACUGCUUGUCCCGGAGUUGUGUAUUUUGUAAAUGUUCAAGGGAACUGUUUGGAAACUUCUUUCCACCAUUCAGCAGAUUAUCAGAAUUAAUAAAAGUAUCUGUUAUGUGCACUUAAGCCGCAGCUGCUAUAGAUAGCACUGCCUUCUUCUUCCAGCUAGGCAAUGCUUUUUUUUUUUUUUUUUUGGAAGCAGUUCUCUUUAUAAAGUGUUAUUUUGAUAGUUUGUGGAUUCUAAAAUAUAUAUAUAUAUAUUUAUAUAAACACCAUAUAAGUCAAAUAUGUAUUUAACAAAGCAAUAUGUAUUCAUUCACAUUCAAGAUAUUUUUGGUGUCAAAAUAAUAUGAAAAGGUAGAUGGAUAGCUCUGCCACCAAGAGGUAUCUUCAUACACGUUUGGAAACGUUUCCUGCAGCAUUAGGUAUGACUUGUUCUAAGCACUGCUUCUGGUGCUAAAAUGAACAAAGAAUUUGUACUUAAUGGCACGGACCGUGGAGAAUCUAUGCGAAUCAACCUUUCUACCUUAAUAUCUCCCCCUAAAUGCCUUGUUUUUAUGUACAGUUUAUAUACAGAAAAGUUUGCUCUGCAUCUUCGAUGAUGGUUUGGAACAUUAUCUACAAUUUUACUCUCAGAUAACCAGAAUAAAAAAUCUCAAUUUCUCAUACCUGUUGUAAACA